UGAAGAAAAUGGGAUUAUUCGGACAAGGCAGUUCAAUUUUUGGGGGAUUCAUGAUUCUCCAGUGCGGCAUAAUUUUGAUGCCGACCCAAGGAAUAAGAUGGAAUGAUUGUGGAAACUCGAAAUCAAUCGUAACUAUAUCGAAACUUGACCUGCAACCAAACCCACUAAUCCUGCCAGGGCCCAUAUCCGUUUGGCUAGUAGUAAACAUAUCUAAGCCGCUUCCGAGAAAGGCUUAUGCUGACGUAAUGAUAGCCAAAGAAGCAUUUUCGUUCUCUUUACCGUUACCUUGCCCGCAUCAUAGUGAUAAAGGAAAAUGCAAAUUCGAGAUAUGUACUUCGAUGGAAAAAUAUUUCAAACCACUAUGCCAAUCGUAUCCCGGUUUUGAAAAAUUUCCUUGUUCGUGUCCAGUUAACGUGGGAUCACAUUCCAUCAAUAAUUUAACCGUUUCUUUACCUUUCGAUGUCUCGGAUUAUAAGGGAAGCUAUGAUAUAAAGAUUAAAAUUUGGGAUGAAGAUACAGAAAUUGGCUGCAUGAAAUUUCCAUUUGUGCUAUAA